UGAGGUAAUGGAACACAAAGCUGAUUUGUGACCCAAACAAACUUUUUUUUUCUUUCUGGUUUCACUGGGCGGUGUCUCAGACGACAUAACCAGAUACCAAAGACAUUUUUAGACCAGACGGGGGAAUCGUACGGGGCCAGGUUGGACUGAUUCCUGUCGCGUUGGUUCACUGUUGGACGGGCUGUGUCCGAGACGACUGAUUAAUGAAGAAUUGUGUGGGGAAGAGGCGGCGUUAGUCUAAUUUAAAAAAAACAACAAUCUCUCUUUUUUUAUGCUUAUUGAUAAAUAGAGGAGAGAGCUUGGAAAAGAAAUCUUUCCAGAAUAUUCUGUGCAAAUAAAAAAAAUCAUUGAUCGUAGAAACAACUCAGUGCAAGCUGUAGAGAGAAUCCUUUGAAACAAUUUGUAUUCUAAUUGCACAAGUGUUCGAAAAGUAAAGAAGAAAGAAACAGCUGUAAAGACUUGUGUCUUGUGUAGACCUCAAGGUUUCAUGACAAAAGGGCAAUGGACACUCUGGAGGUAGCUGACGUUGUGGUCAAGAAAGAGCCCGUUGAAACUGUCAGCAAUGAGAAUGACGAAGCAGGGGCUCAACUCCAAGUAUCGACUGAGACGACUAAUUCCCUUCCGCAAGGUCGACUACGUUACGUCAGCAGACGUGGGCGACCACCAGGAGGAGGCUACUCCAUGAAGACGCAUUCACAUUACAUCAGCUUCAACUCCUCAGCAGGUGAUCUCAGUCGUCAUCCCACUCUUUCAGGGUCGAUGUCAGCCCAAGAUUUGCUGAAAAGCAACCUAGGAGCAGACGGCAUCGAUCUAAGGCGUUUCGGGAUUCAUGGUUUUGAAAAUGACAAGAGCUCUUUCAGGUGUGACGGUUGUGAUGUUGUGUUUUCAAGCCGUGACACAUACGCCAUGCACAUGCUUCUUAGGGCCAAAAACGAGUCGUGCGUUGCACUACCUACCUCAGCGAUCUCCCCAAACCCUGAAAACCCAACCCCUAGAGAAAAGUUUGAGCGAGAACUCCGCCAACAAGCCAUGCUAAUGGCCCUCAGAAAUCAAGCCGCGGUGAUGAGCAAGGCGGCUGCGGCCAUGAUGCCUUCACCAGGCAUGCUUCCUGAAAGCAUUCAGCCUUUAACGUCCCCCGGCAUCUCCACAAAAGAUGAAAUUGAUUUAUCAAACACGGCCAUGGCCGAGCGAGCUUUAAACUUUGGAAGUUUGUUUUGUAUUGAUGCUUUUGGCGUCUAUGUUGAUCCAAAGCAGUACAGACGCUUUUUGAACGAGUACGGUCUGCAGUCUUCCUCAUCUUCGAACUCGCUGGUUUCGAUGCUAGAGCAGAUGAGCUGCAGUGUGUGCGGCGAGGUGUUCAGCAACAAAGACGCCCUGGCCAUGCAUGUGAUGUACCACACGCGAGACGAAGACAGUGAAAACAAGUCAGGAGUGCUGUGGCCGGAUGUGUCAAUCAACAUGUCGUCCAAAAAUCAGAUUUUAUCAAGUUCAUCCAACUCGUCUUCAUCUACUUCGCCCGGGCCAUGCCCAGCAUUGAGUAGCAAGUCUGGGACAGGGGAAGACAAAAAAGUCAAACACACGCAGAGCCAAGACAGGGAGCUCACUGCGGAGAGAGUAGCUGAACUUAAGCGCAUGGCUAUAGAGUCUUCUCUGAGGUCACCUCCCAAAAAAACAUCAGGGCGAACUCUGUCCAGACCUAAAAGUGUAUCCCAUGACGUGACCGUGGGUGCCACAGCACAGACUCGACCUCUCUCUGCGGACGACGCCAUGAUGCUUAGCAACGGUUGUUCCAAAAAUAAAGAUGGCUCCAAAACACAGCAACAAAAGGAUUUUUAUGACACAGGGUUUUACAGAAAACGAGGCGCCGAUGGUGACAGCAAUGAGUCUAAAGAAGAUGCUGCUAUAGAUAAGACGAACAAUCCCAAACGAUUGCGAGAAGAGACAAGUCAUCCAUUGACUUCAACUAAGGAAAUCCACUCUAAUGAAACAAGUCUACAAGAUGCUCACUUAUCUGGGGAAACAAAAGUAGACUCAGAUAAAACACGAUCGAUUCCUUAUCUUGAAGCUAUCAUGGCUCAAGAAGCAGUGCUGGUACCAGUAGAAGCUCUAGAGUCAGAUGAAGAAAACAGCAAAACGAAAGACGACGCCGGCGAAGAAAUGUCAGCGCUGGAUUUUAGCAGAACUGGACGCGAGCGUGCUGCUGGACUUGAGAGAUCGUCUUGGUACUCAGCUCCAAUCAAACAGAACACUGACCUCGAUACACGACAUCGUGAUGGAAAUGAAACCAAAGAACAAACAGACAGAAGCUCCAUCAAUCGUAAUCUUUACUACGCUAACACCUCUGACUCAACCGAAAACAACAGACUCAACCACAGUCACUUCACUGGGAUGAACGGAACGUGUUUCACGUCCAAAUCGAACAGAAUGAGUUUCGAGUACCAGCAGAACGAGAGACCUCCUAGAGGUUCUCAAACAGAAUCACAAGGGCGUGCCGGAGAGGCUCGUUACUGUCCGCACUGCGAGAUCCUCUUUUUGGACGUCACCCUGUUUCACCUCCACAUGGGGCUGCACAACGUGAACAACCCCUGGCAGUGUAACACUUGUGGACUGGUGUGUGCAGGGCGACUUGACUUUAACACUCAUGUACUGCAUUACUAGCCUCAUCUUGUAGGCUCAUGUCCAGUGAUAUCAUUCAACUGAAGUCGUGUUCAAGUGCACCUUUACUUUAUAAUAGUCUAUACUUACUAUUUGACUUGCCCAUGGGUAUACAUUUCAUUGAAUACUGAAAUAGUGUUAUAAAUACUUCAAACUAAAAGAACUUAAAUCUGGAAAACUAUAAUUAUGAAGUCACUUUUCUAUUAAUUAUUUUGAGUCCUCUUCAAUUUGUUGUUUUGUUUUCCCAUACCAACCUCUCAGUCUGUAGUACAUCAACUGCUUCAUAAACGAUCAUUCCAUCUGAAUUGUAAACAAUCGACAUUGACUUCUGGCGAAUGUUUUACUUGUGUUUUGUUAACUUAUCGCACUGUAUUGUUCUAUUUCCACUUCACAUGGGAACAUUGAAAUAGAAUACAAGUUUUGUUUAUCCAUUAAUGUAAAAAGUUUUCAUUAAAACAAAACUCUGAUCCUGAACAAAAUGGUUUCUUCUUCUUUUAGAAACAAAAAGUAGUGCGUUAAGAUCAGAGAUCCUUUGGUAUACAGAGUGUCUAGUAAAAGAGAAUAUCAGCGCAGCAUUGCCUUCAAUUCCAAGUACAUUGCACACAUUUAUUAAAGCCAAAUAGAGUGGCAGCUCUAACUAUAGGAAUUCAAUAGUAUAGUCGAUAAUACUAUUUGACAAUUAUUGUGAGCAUAUUGAUCUAUUUAUUACAAUUUGACAUUCAGUGCUGUUUAAUGUUGAUAAGUAGGUCAUAGAUAAGGAAAGCAUAUUCAAUCAUAAUCAAUAUCAAGUAGCCUACAAAAUAAGUCAUUCUCAAAGUAUUAAAUUUAAAAAAAGUCAAUGCACACUAAAGUUUGAGCAUUUAUUCAAAAACGAAGUUGACAGAUCAUCUUGCACUUUUGUAUUCUGUUGUUGUCUGUUCUACUCACAGUCAUCUCACACGACAGUGUGCACCACUGAGAACACAGUCAUCUCACACGACAGUGUGCACCACUGAGAACACAGUCAUCUCACACGACAAUGUGCACCACUGAGAACACAGUCAUCUCACACGACAGUGUGCACCACUGAGAACACAGUCAUCUCACGCGAUAGUGCGCACCAUUGAGAACCGAGCCGAGACAGCAUUGUUUUAGAGACAAAAACAACAACAGAGAAACUUCCUUCUGAUAAAAAAAUUAACAAAAAAGACAAACAAACAAAGAAGAAAAACAUUUUAAAAAAUACUUAAAACAACAACAACAAAGCAUAUAUUAAAUGUAAUUGUAUCAAUUAGUUUAUAUCAGUCACGUAAUUAUAUGAUUGAUAUACUUAUACAUAAUAAAUCUGUGCCAUUAGAAAUAUAUUUACUAAUUGUUUUUGUUUCGCUUUUAGCUUUCUCAAUGCGCUGUGAUUCUGUCAAUUGUCUGGUCCAGUUGGGAAAGGGGGAGGGACAUGAAAGCAGUGAAUAUUGAUACUGACUACUGGGAAGACAUAGCCCUAGACCGCAGCACUAUGUGGAGAGAGAUACUGACUAUUGGGAAGACAUAGCCCUAGACCGCAGCACUAUGUGGAGAGAGAUACUGACUAUUGGGAAGACAUAGCCCUAGACCGCAGCUCUAUGUGGAGAGAGAUGAUAACCAAGAAAGCGAUA